AACAAAUUAUGUGUAUAUAAUACUACUAGUAUUACAUAUGCAAGUGCAAUACCCAAAAUCAAAAUCACUUGUGUUUCUUCUUCUUACUUCCCAAUUUCAUCAAGGUUACUCAAUUCUGCUUCUUUUGCUUUUUUUGCUUUUGCUAGGUUUUGUUAUGUACUCUUGCUUAGUUCAGAUUCAUCUUAUAAUUGCAUAAUUAAGCUGGAUAUAUUCAUUUCUUCUAUUCCUUAGUUACACACUAAAAAAAAACCUUUAAAUCAUGUAACUAAAGCUUCAUCUAUUUCUUCAAUCUUCUCUUUUCCCCCCCAAAAAAAAACAAAAAAAAGUUUUUUCUUUCAGUUGUUGUAUUCUGAUUUAUCUAUUUGGAUCAAUCUAUCGAUCUGGCUGUUAAACUGAAUAUCGUGUAGCUAAACAUUUAUAAAAGCUAAAAAAAUAUGUAAUAUCUAUCUCUAUUGAAAGUAAUUUUGUUCAUUUUUUUCUUAAAAAAAAAAAAAAGUUUGGGAGUUAUUGAUCUAAGAUGGCGGAAUUAGAAAAUGGGAUAUCGGCGCCGGCAACGCCGGGUACGCCGACUCCGUUAUUCCCGUCGUUACGAGUGGAUUCGAUGGGUUCUUAUGAUCGGAAGUCAAUGCCUCGAUGCAAAUGUUUGCCUUUGGAUGCACCAACAUGGGGAGCUCCUCAUACCUGUCUUGCAGAUUUUCCUGCACCAGAUGUCUCCCUCACACGAAAGUUGGGAGCUGAAUUCGUGGGAACAUUUAUCCUUAUAUUUGCUGCAACAGCCGGGCCAAUCGUGAACCAAAAGUACAACGGAGCUGAAUCUCUUAUUGGGAAUGCAGCUUGCUCAGGGCUGGCUGUUAUGAUUGUGAUUCUGUCGACAGGCCAUAUUUCUGGAGCUCAUCUGAAUCCGUCCCUAACUAUAGCAUUUGCAGCACUUCGUCACUUUCCGUGGGUUCAAGUGCCAGCCUAUGUUGCAGCACAGGUUUCUGCAUCCAUUUGUGCUUCUUUUGCACUCAAAGGUGUCUUUCAUCCCUUCAUGUCUGGUGGAGUUACAGUCCCUUCAGUAAACACUGGCCAGGCUUUUGCUCUUGAAUUCCUCAUCACAUUCAAUCUCCUUUUCGUUGUCACUGCUGUUGCAACUGACACCAGAGCGGUGGGAGAGUUGGCUGGCAUAGCCGUUGGAGCCACAGUGAUGCUCAAUAUUCUAGUUGCCGGGCCGUCAAGCGGUGCUUCUAUGAAUCCAGUACGAACUUUGGGGCCGGCUGUUGCAGCAGGAAAUUACAAGUCAUUGUGGAUAUACCUAGUGGCUCCAACUCUGGGGGCUCUUGCAGGGGCGGCUGUUUAUACGCUCGUCAAACUUCGCGGAGACACUACAGAGACACCACGUCAGGUUAGGAGCUUCCGCCGCUAGCCUGCUGAAGGAAGGGUGUUGUUCCAACUUAUAUUACUAUCGUGUGCUUGAAAAUAAAGGUGGAGGACUAGGGAAACUAUGACUUUCAGUCUAACCAUCGGUAACAAUUUACAUUUGCAUUUAGACACUCUUUCUUCUCAUUCACUUUGUGUGAAUGACUUAAAAAGAAGAGUCAGAAAUUUGGUUGUGGUCUGUGACCUUUUUUUUCUUUCUAUGAUUUGCUCUGUGUGAACUAUGCUACCUUAAAACUAUGUGUGACGGUAAUAAGAAGCUUUCUACUUGUAUAUCUAGUAAGAAAAUAUUCAAGCAUCCCAUGCUUAUUAACAAUCGUCCCACCAGAACCACUUAAAUCUUUUUAUCCUCCUUACAACUAAUUCCUGUAGGUUACUUUCCUUUCUCCAGAAUCAGACAUGAAUUUAACUCAACAGUGAUAUAA